AUGGCAUCCAAGAUUCUCCUUUUGGCUGUCAUUUCUGCAUUUGCUUGCACUAUCAGUGCAAGGACCCUUUCAAUGGAGAAGAAAGCAGCGGAUGAGCAGACGACAUUCUUUCACCAACACUUUCCUCCUUAUCGUGGGGCUUUUGGUGGUAGGUUCAGGGCUGGCAGAGGAGCUGGCAUGGGGGGUGUGGGAGCAGGGUUUGGUGGAGGGUCUGGCUUCGGUGCUGGUUCUGGUGCUGGUGACCUUGGCAAAGGAUUAGGUGGUGGAUUAGGCAACGGGGCUGGAGCCGGAGGAAGUGGGAUUGGGUCCAGUGGCAAUGGAGGAACUGGUGGAGGGUUUGGUGGUGGCGGAGGGAUGGAUACUGGAUUUGGUGGAGGAGCUGAUGGAGGAUUUGGAGGUAGACUGCUCUGA